GAUUUUAAGCGUCCAGUUUAUAUUUCAGGUGGAUGAAGGAAUAAGCAGUACACGAUUCGAGUUCGCGGAAGCUUUUUCUAUUUUAAAUAAUAGUUUGGAUUGAGUAUCCGAUUUAAUUUAAAAGACAAUAAUGUUCCGAUUGAAAGUAGUUUCGUUGUUGAUUUUUGGAGUUUUAAUCAGUCACGUUCAUUUAACAGAUGCUAAGAUAUACCACAUGGCUGAAAAAGGGAUGAACUGGUUCAAAGCAUCGGAAUAUUGUCGCUCAAUUGGCAUGAGACUGAUAACAAUCAACUCGCAAGAGGAAAACGAAGAGCUGGCCGGAUUCGUGAAGCAAACGAAUAAAUUUGAAGCCGAUGGUUGUUCUUUCUGGCUAGGCGGAAGUGAUCUGGGCGAGGAAGGUUGUUACACGUGGUCCGGAACCGGAAGAAAGGUGACAUUUGCCAAUUGGUCCCCGGGGGAGCCGAAUAAUAUGAAUAAUGCCGAACAUUGUCUGCAACUGGUCUACAUUCCCCGGUUCAACCAAUCCUGGACCUGGAACGAUAUCGAGUGUCACAAAACGAUGUAUUUUGUGUGCGAGGAUACCGGAUGCCUAGAAGAUUCGCAAUAGAAAAUGUUUUCGAAUCUCUUAUCAUGAGAUUGCCACAAAAGCUUUGGAAAACAAUCAGUUUGUUGGAAAACAAACAUUUGAAAUACUCAAUCGGCAUCACAAUUUAAUCAUCCGUUAGUUCCUAAGUCGUCAUUUGAUAUUAAUUGUGUGUGAGCAAACUGGAAUCAUCUUGAAAUACGUAGUUGAUCAGUUGUUCUUCAACCUACAGCAAGUGAACAGUUUAAUAAAAAGUUUUUUGCAAAAAUCAUA